CCCUCGGGAUCAUUGAGUCUGGCGGUUAACCUAACACUGUCACUAAACCAUGUCCCUAAGAACCUCAUCUGUGCAUCUUCUAAACCCCUCCAGGGAUGGUGACUCCACCACUGGGCAACUUGUUCCAAUGCCUGACAAUUGCAUGAAGAAAUCCAGGGAGGAGUUCUUCAUCCCGGCAGGGACAGUGAAGGACCUUGGGGGACACUGCAGUUUUGCAUAUGCUAAAAGAAAUCUUUGUUCAGUCUUAGAACUGGCUGUGUCUUGUCUUCUGUAUUUUUAUUCACCAAAAUUAUAUGGAAAACCACACAGGUAGAGAUGGGACUCCCAAGCAUAUCCGCAGCGGCCACUGCUCUGCCUGGUCUUGGGUGCUAUGUGGGCAAAGUGAGGUAAGCAUGGCUCAUGACAUGGUGCAGGGAUGGACCUGUCCUAGCGUGGCUUUCCAAGAGCCUUUCCUGGCCCCAGCUUCCCUGUCAGCUGGCUGCAGGUGGGACACCAGCCUCCACAAGCCCCAGUAGAACUUUUUCCUGGGUUCUCCCUAUUUUACCUGUAAUUGUUGUGGAGAAGAACCAGACAAAGCAGCAGAACUCCUGGCUUACCCUUGCCAGGUCCAUGCUCUUCUCACCCAGGGUUUAUCUUUCAUUCGCAGCCCCUGGCGUGGGACGGAGGAUUCUCCUGGGAGGGGCUCGCAGGGGCCAUGCCGGAGGCUGGGGGCAGAUGCCCACAGUGGCACUGCAGCCCUCAAGAGCUGUUUGUGGGCGGAGCCCGGGACAGGGAGCGUGUCGACGUGUCACGGGGCAGAGAGGAAGGACUUGCAGCCUUUGGGCUGGGUUUACAACCCAGGCACAACACCAAGGGUGUCUUUUCGGUUUCGUUUCUCGCUGACUGCUUAAGACGCCAUUUUUGCAGCCAUGGCAAAUGAAUUCGGAGGGGUUGCCAGCCUGGAGGCUGAAUUCAGCUGUCCCAUCUGCCUGUCGCUGUACAAGAACCCAGUGUUGCUGAAAUGCGGUCACAGCUUCUGCAAGGAAUGCAUCCAGAAGACACUUAGUGCCCAGCAGCAAUUCGAGGCCCCUUACUCCUGCCCCAUGUGCAAGGCCCAGCUGGAUCCCACCCUGGAGCUGCAGAAGAAUUUCCAGCUGUGCAACAUUAUGAAGAUAUUUCUGCCCACCGCUUCCGAAGGCCAACAGAAUGAGGGCUCUGCAGAGGGGAAGAAGGACACGGUUCCUUGUGACUACUGCCUGGAUCAGUCCCAGCCGGUGGUGAAAACCUGCCUGAGCUGCGAUGUGUCUUUGUGCCAGGCCCAUCUGAAUAAACACAACGCCAAGGCUUCCCAUCAGGACCACGUCCUGGUGGAGGUGGGCGCAGGCGGCGGGGCAGCCGAGAGGAGGUGCCCGGAGCACGGCAAGCUGCUGGAAUGCUUCUGCCAGGACGAGGGGCUGCUCAUCUGCGUGCUCUGCUCCAUCGUGGGACGCCACAAGGGCCACAGCAUUGUCACCCUGAAGGAGGCACACAACAAAGAGCUGACCAAUACAAAAACAGUGACUUCUCAGCUGCAAAAGCUGUUUGAAGAGAUGAAGACAGCGGUGAUUCAGAAAGAGAAGAAUAUCCUGAGUGACAUUCAAGCCAUUGAGAAAAAACAACUGGCAGACAUUACCAAAGUGAAGAAGAAAAUGGAAAAGAGGAGAGAUGAGGCUAUGAAGCAUCUUUUGUCUUUGCAGAAGAUGAGAGAGGAACCAGAUAUUUUCCUCUUCUUCAAAGAAUUUGAAGUGGCCAAGGACAGGGUUGCGAGUCAGGAUUUCAGCGUCAACGUGAUGAAUGUGGUGGCGGUGCAGCUGUACGACGCCUGGAUCAACAAGUACCGACAGCAGAUGCAGAACUUUAUGAGUAAGCUGGACAAGCAGCUGCAAAGCAUUAAGUAUGAACUCACCAACCAAAUACGGAGCAGCAGUGGGGCUUCACAUACUGGUGCCUCUUCAAACUCAAGUGGAGUGUUUCCAUCUGGAUUCCUGGCACAGCCCCUGUCAGGCACAGUGGACUACGGAUUUGGUGCAAGUCCAUCAAGCUUCUGGUUCUCAUAGGUGCAGGAGUAAGGGAACGAUGAAAAAAAGAAGUCAGAACUGAGAUGGAAAGAGUAAGUUAAAUAUUGACAAAAAUGUCCUCUAAUACUGGGGACCUGCCAAGUUUCUGGACUUCCCCUGUAUUCCUGCUAUUAAAAGCAAUUCUGUAGCAUAUGAAAGCUUACAAAAGAAGUUCUGAGAAUUAACAUGAGCAUAAGAAAACUUCCAACUGCGGCUUGCUUCCAAACUGCGGCGUAUGUAAUCUCAUGGUACUAAUGAUACUUGUGCACUAUUAAUUCUGGUGACUGUGUUGUCACUAUGUGGCUGGAUAACCAAAUAAAUGGCUAUAGACAGAGAUAAGCAAGGCUGUCUGAUUCUGUACCGUCCCCAGGAAUUCAUCGUCGAGGGCACUGUGGGUGGCUGCAGCACAGAGCUCUUCAGGACCAUGCCACACAUUUGGAUUAUCACAUUUAACACAAGUAGUCCUUGUAGCAAAGAAUUAAUUAUCUUCGUGUGAAAUGAGCUCAGUCAGCCUCCAGGCCACGUUUAAACACCUCUCCUACGGAGCACUCAUAGAGCCAUGUGAAAUACUGCGGUCCACAGUGUCCAAGACACUUCACUGGCCACAUCUCCAUCUGUACAGAUGUUCUUUGGCCAUCAGGCACAUGCUGUGCAUCCCAGAUGUGGCUGUUACGGCACAUGGCCACUCCACGGAGGGAUGUGGCGGUCACCGCCGCUCUGUGCUGCUGCCGCCUGCUCCGUGCCCGGCUGUGCUUCAGAUUGAACAUGUAAGUUCACAACCUCGGUGUUUCUCCUCCAAACGAUAAAAAUAUUCUACUGCAAACUAGGGUUGCCAACAUAAACAUUUUUUAAGAAAAAAAGGCUAAAGUUCCGAGUGCUUCCUCCAUUAGGUUCCGUGACUACGGCUCUAUUCUGUCACUUGUGAUAAUCAACAUAUACCUAAUUGCAGGGAUUAAAAACAAUAAACUCAGCAAAAUCCAUCUCAGAUUUAAAGUAACACCUCCCUUCAUGCUUUAAAUGCCAAGCUGUAAUGGAUCCACAGCCCUUGCUCUGCUGCGCACAUCAGUUGUCAGCAUAGCAGAAAGUGUGUGGCCAGAUUUUGGGAGCUCAGCAGUAGCUCAAGGUGACUUUGCAAAUAUUCGCUGCUGCUCGAAGCCAGUGAGACAUGACGGGCAGCUCUCAAAUGAGGCAAAAGAAACGAGCUUGUCCUUUAGCACUUUUAUUACCUGGGCCUCUCUUGGGCUGCUGGGUAGUUAUGGCUUUCGCCCCACGUGAAGGGGCCGUGACCCGUCAACGCGUUUCAGCGCAGCUGCUGCCGACAGCGAGUUACCGCACUGCUGCGAAUCACUACGGACAGCCAGAGAUUUACACCAGCACGGUGUUUUAAAUCACUCCCCCCGUCCCAUCUCAGAGCACGUCCCACAUUGACUAUGCUUAGGAAACGUCAGCAGCUCUGUAGCCUGUUCCGAAAUGCCAGUGCAGUAUUUCCUUGGCGAAACCCACGUUACAAACGUGGAUUCCCGGUGCCUCCAGCCAUGGGCUGCCGUGGGAGAGCCGCGACACUGCUGUCCCCAUCGCUAGCAGAGCGAAAGGACACCUGGCAGCAGGGUGCUGAGCAAUUCCUGUCCCCACCAGCACCUUUCUGGGUACGGAAUCAUAGAAUCAUUUCAGUGGGAAGGGACCCUCGGGAUCAUCAAGUCCAACCAUGACCUAACUCUAGCACCAUAUGCAGCCACCUCCUUGCCUGCAGGCAAUUCUCGUUUUUUAAACACCGUUUCUGACAGUCUUGGAGAAGCCACGAUGACAUUUUCUUUCCCCAGGGAGGAUGAGGCACUGACUUCAGCUUUCCUCCAGGGCCAGCCGUCACCUCCCGAAUCUCUGAACCCCUGGCAGAAAUGUCUGUGACCUUUUCAGAGGAGGAUCCUCCCAGCAACCUCCUCCGCAGCCGACCAUCUCACAGUCACGUUCACAGGAGGCUUUCAGAAGCCUUCUAACCCACAACACCACGUAUUAACGCAUUGUUAGUUUCUGACUCUACGAGACACUGACCGUGGCAUCCACUGAGAGCGUAGCAAUUCUGCACACAUAUUUGUACAGAACACUCUAUCUUGACAGCAACACAUGGAUAGAGCUUAUUUCUUUUCGAUACCUUAUUUUGAUUACCUACAGACUCCCAUUCCUUGCAUCUUUCAUUAUUUAUUACACUUCUUUCCCCUCCAUCCACGUCAUUUUUACUUGGAAUUUUUCUCAUCCUUGAUGGAAAACUUCAGAGGGGAGGAGAGUGAAGUAGCUGAUUUUAUUACUCUUUUUUUUUCUUUUACUAAGCAUUGCGUGAGGUGGCUGAAUUUAUAAUCAAAUGCAUAAAAUCAGAUGCAUUUCAAAAGCUAGGACAGGGUGCGGGGCCCAUACAAGGGCUGCCCGGGUGUAUGUGGAACAAAACGGAGCGAUUUUCAAGAUGGUUUUGUGGUCUGAGAAACUGGCCUCUGGGCAUUCGCUCAUAAAGAUGACGGCGCAACCUGGAGAAGCAGAGGCAGCGGGUUGGACGGGCAGAGGGAGCGCGGUGGGCGGAUGGCAAACGCCGUUUGUGUGUCAGCAUCCCCCAGCUCACCCUUCCUUGGCAGGAGAUUCUAGAGCGUGAGGAGCACGUUUCUCCAGGGCCAAAGGUUCCCUUAGCAGAAAAGUACAUUAACCAUAAAACUUAAUAUACCUGGAGAAGGGGAAAGCAGUUGGAAGUAAAAUGGUUUACUUAUCUUAAAUAUUUACUUGGAUUUUCCCCCCCUACUUUUUAGAAAAUCAGUGUACAGUAAAAAAGAAAAACAAAACCUAAUAAUAGCAGUGAUUCAGAAAAAAACAGUAAUUUUUUAAAUAUAAUGUUCUUUAUCUGCACUCCAAGAAGAUACCAUGUCCCUGCUUCUUCCAUGAAGACAUAAUGUAUUUGGUGAUCCAAGUUGUUCCACAGCCAAUGCCUCUAGAACGACAAUGAAAAUGCUUUAACACC